AUGAACUGCCCAUCGCGAACCGACGACACCCUGCUGCACGAUGAGUGGAAUCAGAACCCGCCCACUCUUGCCCCUGACUUGACGACCCGCCAAGACCUCAAUGGUAUCUCGAAUGCACGCGAGAAAAAGGACGAAGAGGGGGAAAAAGCAUCAUGGCAAGGGGAUCAUUGGAUGCAUCAUCCGCGGGAGGAACCGAUUCCUAGCAAGGGGCCCAAAAGGGGGUGCGAGGCGUCCUUAGGACGCCUCGCUCCCCAAAACAUCAAAACCGAUAUUUCAUCCUGGCAAAGAAUCAAGGACUUGGGUCUAUGGCUGCUCUCGGUGCUCUGCGUUUCAGCACUGAUCUCCCGCGACAGUCUGAGCAAACAUCUGUCUCAGAGCCUGCCACCAGUCACCCUCCUUGAUCAGGACUAUCCCGAGCCAGUUAAACGAUCAAGCUGUGUUUCUGGUGGUGUCCGCAGUGACUCCUAUGACCUAGGCCUGCAUAUCGCUGCCUUGUUCAUUAUCCUGGGAACAUCAACAAUUGCAUGUGCAUUCCCUUUGCUUGCAACUAGGUUCACACGACUGCGUAUCCCCGGGGCAUUUCUCUUCUUUGUCCGCCACUUUGGAACUGGUGUGCUGAUUGCCACCGCAUUUGUUCAUCUUCUUCCGACCGCUUUUGAGUCGCUGAACAAUCCGUGUCUGUCCAACUUCUGGACAAGUGACUACCCAGCUAUGCCGGGCGCCAUCGCAUUGGCUGGCGUUUUCUUCAUCACCGUGAUUGAAAUGGUAUUCAGUCCAGCUCAAAGUAUCUGUCAUGGUGGGAACCAGUUGUCCAUCCAGCGACACUCGCCGCGUAUUGAUGAAGGAGCCACGGGGACGCAGAUUGAUCGGCCCGGUGGAGCACAAAGCUCGCAAUUGCCAGGAUCAGACUUCCGGCCUCAUGUUCGGGAUAUGGGCCCCCUGGUUGGAAGGUCUUCUAGUAUUAGCAGGACCAUUAACAAUAUGAGUGAAGGCAAUGAAGACAUGGUUCGAGUCGCAUCUGCGCCUGAGAUGCAAACCCACCAGGAGAAGGGAAACGGGACAAACCAACCAGACCUGGAGCACCAUGGCUCUCAUUUCGAGUUAUCCCCAGAGCAAAAGCAAAAGAAAGAAACGAUGCAGGUUUAUCUGCUUGAAAUGGGUAUUCUGUUUCACAGUGUGUUUAUCGGCAUGUCACUCAGUGUAUCCAUUGGAAAGGAGUUUGUGGUCCUGUUGAUUGCUAUUGUUUUCCACCAAACAUUCGAAGGACUUGCACUGGGUUCCCGGAUUGCCUCACUACCCUGGUCGGAAAAGCAACUUCAGCCCUGGCUCAUGUCAUUGGCAUAUGGCUGCACUACUCCGAUCGGCCAAGCUAUUGGGCUCGCAACCCAUACGCUCUACAGCCCUGAUUCAGAAAUAGGCCUGCUAGUGGUUGGCAUCAUGAAUGCUAUUUCCGCGGGGCUUUUGGUAUUCGCGUCCCUCGUAGAGCUGAUGUCCGAGGACUUCCUCAGCGACGAGAGCUGGCGCAUCCUUCGUGGAAGACGGAGAGUGUGUGCCUGCCUUCUCGUGUUCUUUGGGGCCUUUUGCAUGUCUAUUGUCGGGGCGUGGGCUUAA